GACAGUGUCGCUACUGAUCAAGGUAGAAUUCGAUUCUCAGUUGUUUUCACCUACAAUAUUUCAAAGUUUGGAAAGUUUAAAUGUGUGAUGGAAUUCGUUGUAAUGAACAUAGUUUUUCGAGUAUUUCUGUGAAAUUAUUAAGUAUUUGUUAAAGGAAGAUAUAAUACAUUAUUGUUCCAUGGACACAUCACUUGCCAAAUUACACUAUAUACCUACAGUUGCAGCGUUUAUAUUAGUACUUGUAUUUAAUAUCGCAAGUGAUCGCCACAUAUAUGAGUGAACAUUGAAUUUACUUGAUGGAAAUGUUAGUUUUUCUAAAAGAAAUCUGUUUUAAAAUAUCGUGUUGUAAUUGCAAUCAGUUUCGUAGCAUGAAAGUUUACAAGUGAGAACUGUGUUCACUGAAAUGGAUUACGACAAUGUGCACGUGCAAACCGCAGCCUUGACAUCUCCCCGGGAACGAUGGCAGCAAAGGUUGAUCACUGGAAACUGAGAUGUCUUGUGAUUCUAGUGAGAAGCUGUCACUUCCAGAGGCACAAGAGGGAUUUCUGAACAUUGUCAGAAAGUUGAAUAAUUCGGACAACUUGAAGCAGUUUCUUGAUUGGAUACAGUGGAAUUGGUUGAAUGACUGCAACCUGAAGGACACUGAGACUUCUGAGGAGAUACUGGAUGCUAUUGCUUCUGAUCUGCGCAGCUCUCUACCACCCGAAGCAAUUCUUCCAUCAGAGACAAUUCGACCACCUGCUUUUGGAAAGAAUUCAGACUGCACACAGGAGCAUACUGUGCAUGUUGAUGAGUUCUUGUAUGACAAUGCAACGGUGGAUGCUUUAUGUGAUGAGGGAAAACUUGCUCGGAACUACUGUUUGCAAUGUGGCUCUUUCAGUACUAGGCCCUUAACCUUCAUUUCACACUCUUUGUCCAGAGAGAAGCUGUUAUUGAUUUUCAAGUCUGUGCUGCCACCGCUAGACAACAAAAUUGUCCUUGACAUUGGCUCACGGCUAGGUGCUGCACUGUUUGGGGCAUAUGUCUAUUCAAAAGCAGCUAAGAUAGUUGGAAUUGAAAUAAAUUCUGAUUUUUGCAAUAUUCAGAACAAAGUUAUAAAGAAGUAUAAUUUCCAGGAUCGGAUUGAGAUUAUUGAAGGAAAUAUAGCUCACAGGCCAGAUGUAAUCCUUUCUGCUGAUGUCAUCAUCAUGAACAAUGUGUUUGAGUUCUUCAUGGAACCUGAACAACAAACAUCCAUGUGGAGAUUUCUGAGGCAAACUAUAAAAUCUGGAACAUUGCUUGUCACUAUACCAUCUCUUGAAGAAACGUUUUCAAGUCUCCAGACCGGAAUCAUUCUAUCAGAGUGGGUGCAGGAAUUACCAUCAUACAACCCAGAUGCAGCUGGCAUCACCUUGAGUGCUGACGAGAUGUUGGAAGUUAAACAGUAUCAAAUUAUGUGAAGUGUCAGCAUGUGGUUAAUGAAAUUAUCAAGAUAUUUGAAGCAACUUGUAUAACAGAAAGUUGUAAAUUAUAUAAUUUUUAGUGACAGUGACUAUGAAAUAUGUAAGUUCUUCCUUACACAGGGAACAUGAAAUAAUGAAUGAAAAUAAUUGGACAUUAGAAGAUCCACCAUACUCCUUACAAGCAUAAUAGUGAAUAUACAUAUUAAUGAAGUGAAUAUUGAAUGAAAUGUGUAUUUCCUUUUUUGUCUUUAAUAAACUGGCACUCUGAUGGUGUGUAUGGUGCAGAAAUGUUGGAA